AUGUUUCGUCGUUUAUUUAGCAGCCACGAGUGCCGACGACAUUUCUCCAAUGAGGGAAGUCACACACGCACUCAAUCUGCGUAUGGUACUAGCGUGCUAUUGAGACUGCAUGCUUAUACGUACGUUCGUCUUUAGAUUACAUACUACAUAUAUGUUAUCGAAUCUGCAAAACACCUAUUGGUGAAACGACGAUCAAAACACCGAUGCUUAAUGUCCAUUAGUUCUUACUAUACAUAUAUUUACGAUAUUCCUCUUUUUUAUGAACAGAAAGAAACUUAUUCUAAAAAAAUGACUACUUUUAUACCAAAUGUGCACAUUAAAGAUGGAGAAUAUACAAAGACUAUUUAUUUAAUGAUUAAAGAACAACGAUAUACAGAAACAAUAAAAAUAUUACUUACACUUUUAGACUUUUAUCCCAUUUCCAGACCCUGUUUGUCUCUUCUUGCUCAUUGUUAUUUUUAUACACAAGAUUUUAUAGCUUCUGCACAUUGCUAUGAAAAAUUAAUUCAAUUAUGUCCUAAUGAAAGUAUAUAUAAAUUAUAUCAUGCUCAAUCUUUGCAUCAAGCAUGUAUGUAUCAAGAAGCUUGGACAAUAUGUUCAAAUAUUAUUAGUCAAAGCAAUUUAGAAUAUAAAGUAAAGAAACUACAGGCAGCCAUAAAAUAUGGACAAGAAGAUAUUGUUGCUGCAAAAAAUUUAAUUGAUCAAUGUUCAAUAGAUGAUAUUGAUACAGAGAUUAAUUUAGGAUGUCUUUUAUAUAAGGAAGAACAAUAUGAACAAGCUUUAAAAAAGUUUGCAAAUGCAUUACAAAUUAUAGGUUUUAAGCCUCAUUUAUCAUAUAAUGUAGCACUUUGUUACUUUAAAUUAAAAGAAUAUGCUGCAUCAUUAAAACAUAUUGCUGAUAUUAUUGAGCAAGGAAUAAGAGAACAUCCAGAAUUAGGAGUGGGUAUGACAACAGAAGGUAUAGAAGUACGCAGUGUUGGAAAUACAUUAACACUUCAUGAAACUGCUUUAACAGAAGCAUUUAACUUGAAAGCAGCUAUAGAAUAUCAAUUACAAAAUUAUGAAUCAGCAAAAGAAGCAUUAACAGAUAUGCCUCCUAGAUCUGAGGAAGAACUUGAUGCUGUUACUUUACAUAAUCAAGCUUUAAUAAAUAUGGAUACAAAGCCAAGUGAGGGAUUUGAGAAACUUCAAUUUUUAUUACAACAAAAUCCAUUUCCACCUGAAACUUUUGCAAAUUUAUUGUUACUAUAUUGUAAAUACCAAUAUUAUGAUUUAGCUGCUGAUGUUCUUGCUGAAAAUGUACAUUUGACUUAUAAAUAUUUAACACCAUAUUUAUAUGACUUUUUGGAUGCAUUAAUCACACAACAAACUUCACCGGAAGAAGCAUAUCGCAAAUUUGAUGAUCUUGGUAAUAAACACAUGGAAAUAUUACGAAAAGCAACAAAACGAGUUCAGGAAGCACGAUUAAAUCAUGAUGACGGUGCUGUUAAAAAGGCUGUAAAUGAUUAUGAAGAAGCUUUAGAAAGAUAUGUACCGGUUUUAAUGGCACAAGCUAAAAUUUAUUGGGAACUUGGAAAUUAUAUACAAGUUGAGAAAAUUUUUAGAAAAAGCGUAGAAUUUUGCAAUGAACAUGAUAUAUGGAAAUUAAAUGUAGCUCAUACUCUUUUUAUGCAAGAAAAUAAAUUCAAAGAAGCAACAGGAUUUUAUGAACCAAUUGUUAGAAAAAAAUAUGAUAAUAUUCUAGACGUAAGCGCUAUAGUACUCGCUAAUUUAUGUGUAAGUUAUAUCAUGACAUCGCAAAAUGCGGAAGCUGAAGGAUUAAUGAAAAAAAUAGAAAAAGAAGAGCAAAUAGUUUCACGCGAAGAUCAAGAUAAAAAAUUAUUUCAUUUAUGCAUAGUAAACUUAGUAAUUGGAACAUUAUAUUGUUCUAAGGGAAAUUACGAGUUUGGUAUAUCUAGAGUCAUGAAAAGUUUGGAACCUUACAAUAAAAAAUUGGGAACAGAUACUUGGUUUUAUGCGAAAAGAUGUUUUCUUUCUCUUUUAGAACAAUUGGCUAAACAAUUAGUAGUUUUAAAAGAUACUACUCUUCAGGAAUGUAUACAAUUUUUAGAACAUUGUGAAGUUUAUGGAAGAGAUGUAAUAACAAUAGUAGAACAAUCUUUUGAUAUGCAGGAUAUGCUUGCUAUUACUCCACAAGGCAAGCAAACAGUUGUUUAUGAAGCGCGAUAUUUAAAAGCUUUGUUUUUGAAAUUGCAAAUGUCUUAAUAUCUAUUAACAUAUGUAUAUCUCUUUUAUCUUACAUAUAUUUAUAUAUAAAUAUUGUAUAUAAAACAUAAAAAAUAU